AGUUUAUAUAAUUAUAAAAGAUAAAUAAUAUUUACUUUUUGUUUCAAAUUAUAAAUUUGUUAGAUUAAUAGAUCACAAAUCUGAUAAUGGUUACAAAUGUCAGAAUAUAAAUAGGAUUAUAAAUCCCCCAAACUCGAAAAGAUCAACAUAUAGUACAAUGUCUUUGUGAAUAAAUAAUAGGAUAAGUUUCAAUUUAUUCAAAAAUUUCUAACGAAACCUGGUUAUAUCAGAUAUAAUUAAUUAAUUAAUUAUUACUAGAAUUAUAGAGACUACCAAAUAUAUCAAACACCACUCAAAAAAAAGGCACAAUACCGUCAUAAAUACGUUAUUCAUUAUUUGGUUACACAAUGCUGUUAAAAAGUGAUAUAAAAAUUUUCAAAAUCAUCAUAAUUUAUUUUUUAACAAAAUAAUGGUUUCGUCAAAAAUGAAAAGGUGGUUUCCAUUAGUAAAGUUACCAAACAGAUAUUAUGAUCCAAAACUUUUAAAAUCACGUAAAUGGUCACCAUGGAAUUUCCCAUCAAGAAGAAAACACAUUUAUAUCGGAAUUUCUUUGGAUUGGGCUCUCAUCAUUAUUAUAUAUGCUUUGACAGAUUGGCUCUUUAAAAAUCCUCAACCACCUAUUGCUUACUUUUCAGUAAAUGAUAAUUCGUUGAAAGGUCCAGUUGUAGAAGAAAUUGUUUCUUCAACAUUAGCUACAUUAAUAAAUACAGUUUUACCUGGUGUUAUUAUGAUUUUGUUGGAAUUGAUUUUCUUUUAUGAUUUUUGGGAUUUUUAUCAUAUGAUAAUAGGUCAUAUCACAAGUUUUGGACUAGGAUUAUUUACAACUGCGCUUGGAUGGGUAACUGUUGGAAGCCAUUUGGGACUUCGUCCGACAUUCUUAACAAAGUGUCAACCAGACAUGUCAAAAGUAGUAGCAAUGAAUAUAACUCAAACUUACUUUACAAAUGAAAUUUGUACAAGUAAAUUAAGUAAAGUAGAAUAUCAAGGAUUUCCAAGUGGACAUUCAUCUACAGCAUUUGCUGGUUGGGUAUUUUUUGUAUUAUAUAUUAAUGGAAAAUCAAAACCAUGGACAGGGGGAGCUCAUUUAUGGAAAAUUUUAGUACUUUUAUUACCUUUAUAUUUUGCAACAUGGAUAUCUUUAACAAGAAUAAUGGAUUACAGACAUUUUCCAUUUCAAAUAAUAGUAGGAGCCUUAAUAGGAAUUGGUACAGCAUUAAUUUCAUAUAGAUUACAUUUUGGUAAUAAUGAUUGGUUUCUUGGAGCAGGAGAUGGAACUGAUAAUAUACCUGGUCAUUAUAAGUAUUUAGAAGAUUGGGAUGCUAUUGAUGAUCAAGAUGAAGUUCCAAAUGUUAGUGAUAAUAAUAGAGAUUUAGAAAUGGGAUUAAAUGAAGUAGGUAAUAGAAAUAAUACUCAUGAAAACAAUGAAAGUAGUGAAGUGAAUAAUGGAAAUACUGAAGAAGAAAUGAAUAAUAGAAAUAAAUGAGAGUAUAAUAAUCAAUCUGAAGAUAGAUUAUAAUGUAAAGAUUAUUAUUAAUGUUUAAUUUCAAAUCCAUGAAAUUCAACUUUUUCAAUUUCUUCUUCUUGUAAAGUGGUUUUAUCAAUUCUGGAUGAAGGUGAUCCUUCAUAUUGUAACCAUUUUUUACUAUAUAAUAAUUAAAUUUAAUAUUAAAAUA